UCGCACUAUCGAUAAGACGAGAAUAGACCUCGUCUCGGUUUCACGACUCCAACAAAACUGUCCAUUCACAUCAAAAUGCCAUCAGCAGCGGAUAGACUACCCAAUGAGAUCUGGGAGCAGAUCCUGGUCGACUCGCGAUGUAAUCUGACAUCAAGAGACCUCUUCCGACUGCAGCGCGUCAAUCGGAGCUUCCAUACUACAAUCAAUGGCUCGACCAUCCUCCUUCGCAGGAUGGACAUCAUCCACCAUCCCGUGGAGUACACCAAGCCUCGAGUGCCGAACCCCCUACUCUACACGUCGCACCUCGAGUUCCGCCCUUUCACGUAUCGCGUCGAAUGUCUUGCGCCAAAGUCACCUCGGAACGGCGGCACGCAUUGGAAGAUCAUCGUCCAUGUCUCCCUGAAACUCCCCUCCGAAGCUCAUAUCGCGAAUUCUCGGACCGCCUUCGGAGUCAGGUCGAAUCGACGCAUUUUUGGGGAUGUCGUGGAUGGCUCGUGGAGGAGGAUGAAGCUGGCGAGAUUCCCGGUGUCGGUGGACGUGCCGAUCCGCGUUUAUUGCCUCGACGCGUAUUACGAAGAGAUCACAAGUCGCCCAGCUGAGCCCGAUGGUAUGACUUUGGGGGAUCUGGCCACGCUUCUGGAGGGUGUACAUGAUCGUUCGAAGGAGCUGCAUCUGCAGCUGGCGUCCAAAUCUGUUUCUACCGAGACUCCGCAAGAUACAAGAGUGGAGACGUCGCCUUGUCGAGUUUCAUGAGCUGAGGAACAUCUUCGAUGCUAAUCUAGAGUACUCAAUGGCUAUAGAUGGGUGAUUGCCGCAAACAAGUUCUGCAUUCUUGGGCAUCGCGACAUAUCUUGAAAGGCUCCAGGACUGUCAGUCUGAAUGCCUUGGCCUCACGUCUCGGUUUGAGAGCAGUUGCAGCUGCGCAAGAUUGAGACUGUAUCAAGGACGCCAUAAAUCAUCA